CGUUCGUCUGUCAAUCUCAGCCGUCUUCAUUGCACCUCUGCGCUUGCUGGCUGCUACUACUGGGGCGAUGGCUGCGGAAGAACCAGCAGAAUCAUAUCAGGAAGUCGUAGCUCUUCGACUGAACAGCUCCGAAUAUGCCCUCCAAGCUGUCUUCACACAGUUUGAGGCAUUGGCAGACAACAAGAUCAAGCUCAUGUUAUCGACAUCUAUUGAUCAGCCAAUUGACAUUAAGACAUGGCUUGGCGUGGGUGUGGAUCCGAUUUUCGAUAAACUCAUAAGAUCUCUAGGAUCGAUCGGUAGUCACCGGCCGAGACCUGUAAUUGAUGCCGUCAUGCAGUGGCGAAAGUUGAAGGGCGAGCCGGUCGAUUCAGCGUUGAUCAGGAAAGUCAGCGAGUCGGCCCCGCUGUCCAGGGUUCGAGAAGUGCCGUCAGUCCUGAAGGAAAGGUUAUCGUUAUCCUCUCUUUUCAUCGUUUGCAGAACAUUGAUUGAGGUCGUAAAGCGAUUGAACGGCGAGGAUUUGUCGGACGACUUGGCAGAGAAUUUGGAGGAAAUUGUGUUCAAUCAACUCAAAAAUGCUGAUCCGGAUUUAAUCCAUCGAUCCAAAAAUCGAACAGCCAGCAUGGAUUUGUUUGCAGAAUUGAUUGGUGCACUAUCCAACAUCAGAUUUGUAUCCGUCAGCGAUCGAUUUAUAGCUGAAUUAGAAAAAUACAACUACCAUGCUAUUAUGAAGGAGAAACAAAACAAGAUCGAAAUGCUUAUCCGUGGCAUGCGAUAUCUGAAAAUCAAAAUAUACCCCCUCGACGCACUCGAGGAAACCGCAGAUUUUCUAUCAAGCUGCGCUAGCUUCUUCAAAAAUGCUCACGGCGCGAAGAUCAAGCAUGCUUAUGCCAAAAUGUUUAUUCAACUUUUAUUACCUGUGGCAGCGGUUGCUGUGGCAGAAGUCAAUUUUCCUGCAUGGUCAAAAACUGUCGACUUAAUUUAUCCACGCGCUCUCAAAAUGACCUUAAAGCCCAGACGGUUGAUGUCGGGUUUCCCUUUGAUGACUACCUUGCUAUGCGUCAGUAGAAAGGACUUUUUCAUAGCCAACUGGUACCCAUUUGUUGAAAACAUAUUUUCGAAAUUUAAUAAGGACAAGAACAUACGUGUGAUCUCCAUUGGCUGUCUUAGCAGGCUGAUUUGGGUAUACCUGUUUCGAUGCACUGAAAGCACUUCUGCGACUUUCAAAAGAUUGGACGGGAUCGUGCGAACGUUGUUUCCGCCCAUGCGUAGAGGCGUCAACCCAGCAGAAGUGCCGCUUGAUCACUUUAUUCAAAUCAUCUAUUUUAUACUAAUGCGCGACAUUGACUACGCAACCAAGAAUGUCUUGUUCACGUUGCUAAAUGUGGACGGUGUUUCGAAUGUAUCAUCUGCUAUCUCACCACUUGAAGUUAUUAAUCCGGAAAAGAUGAUGAUUGCCAUUAUGGCUUUUCGCCUAGUCCUCAACGACCUCGAGAAGGGCGAAAUGAAACCACCAUUCCCUACUAAUAUAGAUAUGGCCGUCUCUGGCAUGUCUGAAGAUUCCAGCGCUACCACCUUGAACGUCCUUCCGCGCGGUGUUCGACAAGAUAUAUUGGAUCGUGUUGGCGAGAUAGUGAGCAAGGUGCUAAUCAUCUUGGAUUCCGCGUAUGGCCGUAUGCUCGUAAUCGACGAAAAGAACAUUACUUGGCGCCCAGGCAGUAAUAACGCCAAUGCACAGACAUCUUAUUCUGUACCGAGUUUCGUCAACACUGUUGGUGGAAUCACAACUGCAGAAUCAGGUCAACAUGUACAUCAUCAAUACGCUGCCUUCUCUGCCACUUAUUCGAGAGACAAACAGCCCUAUAUUGAUUUAUUGAGGGUCAUUGUCAGCAGCAUACCUCGAAUUCCAACUCCCAGUAUAACCUUGCCUAAAGUGGUAGAACUACUGGCUCGUUAUACGACCUACGUUGAUCCUGAAAUGAUUAGAGCAUCCAGCUUAGCCCUUAUACGCCUUGCAAAGGAGGGAUAUGCACAAACUGUGGUUUCUGGAUAUUCAAGAUUUAUCUACCGGGUAGAAGAUCGAUAUGCCGAAGUCAUUACAUCCCUAGCCAAUGGACCCAUUACGGGUGGUAAUUUUAAUGGCAACGGAGGUGUAUUGAAAUUGUACACAGAUCUUUUGAAUAUCUGGGUCGAGCAGCUAGAUGUGGCGGAACUCAAGAAGGUCAUAAAUGAAGUCAAAACUGCAGAAGAGCCCAAUCCGAAAACCAUAUCUGAGGUGCAAACAAAGCUAUCUGAUAUCUAUAGCUUGAUUGAAGAAAUUGAAGCAAAUGGUCUCCUAUUCUUAUGCAGCAAGCUAUCUGCCAUUCGAAGACCGGGAAUUCAAGUUAUGAAGCUUGUAGCCCAACUCGAUGCUAGACUACAACAGCACUUAGGUCCCGUCGCCCAAAGUGACAUGAAUCGUCGACCGAUCUCUAUGACAUCGCAUCGAACUUCACAUAUCGUCAAAAGUUGCGAAUACACUCGAAUUUAUGACCUUUUGGAGCAGGUCGGCCAAUCGCUCAUCAAAUUUGACAAGGACAGUAACAUUCUUCAUGGUCGCAAAAUUGCCAUUCUGGAGCGUGUUCGUUUACAGCAGCAUCAGCGAAGAGACGCCAAACAUGUUCUUAUUCAACUUGCAGAGAGCGAUCAUGCCUCGGAUAUCAUGAUUUGGGAAACCCUCUUUCCUGAAGUUGUCAAGCUGUGUUUCGAACACUUUCCCGGAACGGUUGCCCUCUGUCGACAGAAUGUUUGUACUCGACUGUUGCAAAUGCAAUCUCUGAUUCAAGGUGCAGUGGAAGGCAAUAAAAUGAAUACCGGCAAUACCCUCAGCAUGGCCAAAGCAAGUACUAGCAAUAUCAGCAACCGCAUGGCUAGUGUUGAAUUGAUUGACCAAUGGAAAACUUAUUUAAUGUUCACUUGCUCCACAUCUACCCUAUCGCAAGACCGGCUACCAACAUCUACAUGGGCUAACAGUGGACGUAAGCAGUCUGCGGUUGUAGAGCGUAUUGCCAACACGCGAGAUUUAUUUCGCAUGAUCAUGCAGUUUUUGACCUGCGAACAUCGAACCAUCCGAGAAGCCGCCGUCCAAGGAUUGGGUACCAUCAACAAAGAUGUUUACAAGGUUCUUAUGGAGGAUUUGCAGGUCUUUGUCAGUAUUAUUCUGGAAGACUCUAAGCAAAAAAGUUACCAAAAACCAUAUCAGUAUAAACGAACAAAGAAGCAUGAUAGACUUCGUAUAGCUGUCAUGAAUGUCUUCCAACUCACUGCGGACUGUCUUCGAGAGGAAGUGUACAUACGGGACAAACUCAUCAUGGAUACGUUGAUGAGCUAUGUCAAAGAGACAAAGACGUUCUUGGCGGAUAGUGAAGUUCAAACUGACUGGGAGUUCCAUCGCCUCCGGGUUUAUCUUUGUCAGCUGGUCGAAAAACUAUACGAGCACAUUAGCAAACUGGCCGAUCCAAGUGCCAUCAUGUCCUUUGAAACCCGGUUAGCGUUAUUCAAGAUGUUUGAGGAAUGGUGCGGCUAUGGCGCUUUUGCGUCGAUUACUCGGACGCGGGAAGCGACUAUGAUGCGUGAUGUGCUGGAGCAAUGCAAAGACAGUCGCGAACGAGGCGAAAUGACAAAGUUGAUGGAGGAAGAGCGAAAAGCAUUGGAAACAGCUGCUCUGAGCGGUAUGGCGGCUCUUUGUCGAGGCUCUGUUUAUGCGUUCAUAGGACAAAAAAAGGCAAGGCAAGCCGUCAUCCAGUUUGAUAUCGUCAAUCUGCUCAGUUGGAUCGAUGCUGUGUUCGAAAGCCAUGACACAAAAUAUCAUAUGAUUGCAAGACGUGCCCUCGAAGCUGUCCUUAUUUACAAUCGAGACCAAGCGCUUUUACUUGAUGAUAUCAUUGAACAGUGCUAUGCAGGCAAUCCAAAACUUGAGUUCACGCAAGGCUACUUUCUCGUCUUAGCAGACAUUAUCACCCGUGUCGAUGACUAUCCAUGCCAUAUCCAUCAAAUUAUGAGUGUGGCGCUUUUUAAAGCUGGGGAUGCGAAGAAGACGAUACGGAGAGCGGCCAUUCGUUUGCUACGAGUGAUUGAGGAGCGUGUGUUUGUUGACUCAUGCGCCAAGGAGUACGAAAUCGGUAUAAUCAGCAACUUACCCACCAUUUACAAGUAUACCCAGUCGCUGUUAUCGGCUCGUCUGGCUGUGGACCAUCCAGAACAGACAUAUUCCAUUCUUUCAGAAGUAACGCAACGAUUUGAGCACAUCAGUUCAAACAAUCAGCGCGAAGUAUUGAAUUACAUGCUGCCAUGGUUACGAAAUGUAGACUUGUCUGUUGGACCACAAGAUACCGAAUUGAGCUCUUCAGCCUUCAUGGUGUGCUCCAAUAUAUUUUACAUCACCAUCAAAUAUGGCGAUGUCUAUGUCAAAGAAGUAGCGGCUCUUUGGAGUCAGUUAGUGUCUGAACAUGUUCAAAACGUUAGAGCCAUCAUCAUGUACCUAUUGGACCUUGGUUUGGAAAAGCGCAACCCUUGGUUUGUCAUUCACGCUAAGCGUGUUCUGGUUUGCCUUGGCCGCACGUCUGCACUCAGUCAUGUUUUGGAUGAAGUGGCUGCUGAAAUCACUCCCCGUUCCAUGGUUCCUCAACUCAAGGACGCUAGCAGCAAGCACGCAAACGCUUUCCCAUUCCUCUUUGUGGCUGAUAUUGAGCAGGUACUUCCUCCAUAUCCCAAGCGGGCGGUUUUCUCUCGCGGUCAACUUGCCACGGUAUUCCUAGUCGAGCUCGCCAUUGAAGCAGGAGGUGAACUCAGUGUCCAUUUACCACUUUUGCUACACAGCAUUUUUGUCCAACUCGAUCAUUUGACUAGCAUCAUUUGUGAUCAGUCUCGAUGCUUGCUUAUCAACCUCAUCCACUCUAUCGUGGUUCGCCAAACAACCGACAUGGAUACCCUGCAAAAGGCAACGGAUAUUGUGGCCAUGUUGACGGCAAAGGAAGGAAAACGUCUGUGGUCAUACGAAAAUAUCACUUACAAAAAUCGAAACCUUCAAAGCUCAGUAGAAUUACAGAACCUACUCGAACAAAUUGUUGAUAUCUUUUUGCCGGAAGAGCCUGACUUAAGGCAAAAGUGGGGUGAAACCGCUCUAAAGUGGGCGACAUGCUGCUCGGUUCGUCAUAUAGCGUGCCGGUCAUUCCAAUGUUUCCGAGCCCUUAUGCCCGCGUUUAAUCAACAUAUGCUUGCGGACAUGCUUGCUCGAUUAUCCAACACCAUUGCCGACAAAUCUGAGGAUAUUCGAGGAUUUGCCUUGGAAAUCUUGCUAACGUUGCACAAAGUUGCGGAUUCUCUGGAUGGGACCAUCAGUGACCAUUUCUUACAGUUGUUUUGGGUGUCGGUUGCCUGCAUGUACAGUCCAUACGAGCCAGAACAUCAUGAAGCUGUUCUACUACUGGACAAGGUCUUGAGCAAAAUCGAUUCCGAAAAUUCUUCGGCCUACGGUGAACUUGCUGCCAACUUCCCGAAGAACUGGGCAAGCGAAUUUGAUGGCCUUCAACCACUUUUACUCAAAGGAGUACGAAUGGCAGCAACAGAAGAAGCAGCUCUCAAUUUGGUUAAAAAGAUCAUGUUUAUUGAUGAACCAGCCUUGGUCGACCCCGCCGAGACUCGCCUCAUGUAUCUUUUAUUUGCAUGUAUACCACGACUGCUCCAUGGCCUGGAAGGUGAAACUCCGGAUGCUGAUUGCAUUCUGUUGGCCAAUAAACUGGCCAGCUUAUUUGAGAACUACAGCUUGCCGAGCAUACAGCGUAUUCUUAUGACCUAUGCCCGGCAGAAAUCCAAGUUCCAACAGGAUUAUGUAAAGCAACUCGUGAUGUCGACUCGAGAGGUAUUCCUUCAAAAAUACGGUCAGCAAGCAACAGCAUUUUCUGUUAGUCUGCUGAGGAACAAGUUACCGUUUUAUCGGGAAAAAACGCUUAUAUUACUCAAAGAGCUUAUUCCACUGGUCUCGGGCAAAUUAUCGCCGACCAUCGCCUUGGGAGAGACUUCUAUUGCACCAUUACUCCAGUUACUACAAACCGACUUUGCAGAAGAUGCUCUAGCCGUCAUGGACGAGGGUAUUGUGAUAAAAUCUGAUCAACAAGAUGAUAAUGAAGAAUCGUCAAGCUCGGAACCAAAGCUCUACUGGGACGUGGCUGACCCGUCUGAAGCAGCUCGCGUUACAAGACACAAUGUUCAUGCCGUCGUUUUUGAAUGCUCCGCCGUAACCGAUGAGAUACCAAGCGAGCACAACUUCCAAUUCUCCGUAGAGGACUUGUCAUUGCUGAUGGGUGAAAACGCCAAUUUCACAGCUGAGUAUGCGCCUACCGAUAACAACACUGCGGCCUAUGGUGAUGACUUGGUCAAUGCCUUGAAAGAUUUGGAUGAGUUCUUCAACGAAGAUUUGGAUAAGGCUGAUGCUGCUGUUGUUGAAAAUACCACACCUGCUGGAAACAGUGACACCUAUCCUGUGGAUUUCAACUUCCAAGUAGCUCCUCCAUCGCCUGUAACGCCUCCCAUCUUCUACAAGACGCCUUCAGCUUUGUUUGAUUUCUCACGAAAGCUCAUCAAUCGAACUAGUAGCAGCAAUAAUAAUAACAACAACAAUAAUAGCAAUAAUGCGACUACAAGUGAAAAUGCUGGUACCAGUGUCCGUUUUCCCGACUCUCGAGCCUUGGACUUAUCUAGCCCCAUUCGACCAGAACACCAUGGCCAUAUAAUAGAAACCGCUCCUAGACAAUCUUUCGAUACAUCUGAUUUGAUCGACUCCAGCGACAGUGAUUCAACCUUUGAUGAACGGCCUGGAGAUGCUGAAAGUCAUAGGAGUGGUAAAAGCGGUCGUAGUCGACGUAGUCGUAAAAGUAGCAAGAGUCACCAUGAUCGAAAUACCCAAUAUUUUUGAUUGAGAACUAUAUUUUCCCUCUCUAUUUCGUUUUCCCCCCUCC